AUGUACGAAAUACCUCCCCCUGGUCACAUGCGCUCAGAUGAGGGUGACUUCCAGUGGCUUGAUCUUCUACGUGGAUGCCUUCGUGAAGGUGACAGAGCGUUAGCAACUAAUGAUCUGAAGACGAUAUGCACGAAUCAAAGAUGUGGGUUGUUCUAUGAGAAAACCAAGAAAGAGGCGAAAGAAGCAAAUCAGAAGAUGUUCAAAGAGGUAAAAGAGCGAGAACAGGAAUUAAAGAAAGUACGAGAGGAAGACAGAGCAAGAGCUGAAAAAGAUAAGAGAUCAUUGGCAGCAGAAAUGACGAAAAAACUCGAGUCUAAACAACAGCAUGUAGACACUUUGACACUAACCGUACGGGAGAAAGAACGAAAUGAGACGACUCUAAGGCAACAAGUUGAAGAGCUAAGGAAAGGAAGAGAGGAAGACAGAGCAAGAUCUGAGAAAGACAAGCGCUCAUUUGCAGCAGACAUGACGAAGACACUCGAGUCUAAGCAACAACGCGUGAACACUUUGACAGAAACCGUAGGGGAGAAAGAGCGUAAUGAGAGGACUCUAAGACAACAAGUUGAGGAGCUAAAGAAAGGAAGAGAGGAAGACAGAGCAAGUGCUGAGAAAGACAAACGGUCAAUAGAAUUAAGCUGGAAGAAAAAGCAUGACUAUAAAGAACAGCUUUUGGAGCAACUUGAGCGUGAGACCUGGAGGUUGAGAACCAAAAUUCAACUAGAAAGUGAGAUACGAUCAGCAGAACAGAAGAAGAAAGCAGAGACACAACAAUGGAGUUUCAUUCCUUGGGUGACUUCUGGGAAACAAGCUCAGGGUGGCACAUCAUCACCUGAGGAUAAUUCAACCGGAGGACUGGGAAGGAGUGAUACAUUACAAGCAGGAGAGGAGCCCCCAGAUGAUGAGUUUGCAGGCAUAUUACAGCAGAUAGCUGACGAUCUUUACGAUGAAGCAAAGAUCGACAGCCUUGCUGGUCAGCUGGGAAUCCUACAUGGUGAUAUACAGAGAGCGCUCAUGACCAAUGUGAAGUUCAACCGUGUUACCAGUGAUGGAACUCGCCAUAUGCUGAAACAAUGGAGAGAAGGUGUGUCCAGGGAAGAUGAACGGAUUGAGCUUACGAAGGCACUGCAUGCUGCCAAGUUGGUCAACCUUGCAGACCUGUAUCUCAGCGAAGGUGUAGCAGAAGAACAGAUCGAUUCGGAAUGUGCCAACGAAGACGACAAUGAUCAGCAACUCUCUAAUACAGAUGACACCUCUCUAGAACAGGACCGGACCAAAAGACACACUGACAUCCAGGUACUUCAGGAAACUACAGCAAACAAUAACCACACUCCUCGAGAUAGUCAUACAGGAAACAUGGCUGCCAAAGCACAGGAGAACGUGACAGAUGGUAGUAGGAGUCAACAUCUUGACCAAUCGCCGGAGUGCAGUACAGAGGACUUGGAUGAAUCAAAAGUGACUUCUGAAGAAGUGUCCUCUGAAAAAGUUCAUCCUGGUCAUGAUAUGAACAACGUAAGUAGCAUUCAACCUUCUGAACAAUCGCCCAGCCAUAAAAUGCAAGUCCUACCUGAAGACAUGUCUGAGAUAGCCCCUUUGGUAUCUUAUGGUGAGAAACCCAACGGGGAAUCCACCACCUUGGAUAACAACCGUGUAGGUGGAAUCAUAAGUAACGAAGAAGAUCUGAUUUCUCAACUCGUUCUUAUUGAUACAUCCCCGGAGAAAAUAUUGCUUCUUUUCCUCGUAAAGAUAAUAAUGGAUGUUUCCCAGAAAGCACUCAGUUUUUAA